AUGGAUCCGACGGCAGCACCCAUGAUCCGGAAGCUGUUCAAGUCGCCCGCUUUCCGCCGCGAUGAUACCUCAGCUUCCGCCUCAUCGACAGCAUCGUCGAGUACGGUCGACUUCUACGGCAGCCAGGUAGACAACCCGACCGUCAUCAACUACAGCUACACAGAUAAGCCCUCGAGGCUGUUGCUGUGGGAUGUCUAUUAUUUUUUCUACUACAUUUGGGCUCUCCCAUAUAUCAUACUGCCAUGGAGGCCCUUCGAUUCCGGGGAUCUGUCCGAGCUUGCGCCCACCAGAGGAAACCUUUGGUGUAUCUUCAUCCACGUUGUCCUGGCCAUCCUCCAGCUGGUCAUGAUAAUCUGCCUACCGCCUGUGGCCCUGAUCCUUCCACUUUGGACAACCUUGGCAAUCGUGGCAGUCUUUGUGGGCGUGAAUAAAGGCCUCUGCCUUCUCAUCAACGCCAAAGAAGUCUUGUUCCACUCAGACCCCGAGUAUGCGAAGCCUGACCAGAAAAAGUUCGCUCACGAGCAAUGGAUAUUCCUGAACGGAGUGGCUUGUGGCGAGCACUGGAUGAAGAGUUGCCUAAACCGGUUGGCGUUGACGUUCGGCAGGCCCAUCAUUGGGGUUCAUAAUAGGACUGACGGGGUGGUGUUUGACGUGAUCGAGUGUCUGAUCCAGCGAAACCUCGGCUACGCCACCAACGACGUGCGGUUGUGUUAUCGCAUCAUCAAGGAGAAGCUGUACAAUCCGCAGUACUCCAAGAUUGUCUUCAUCCUGCACUCUCAAGGUGGGAUCGAAGGAGGUCUGGUUCUCGACUGGCUGCUGCAAGAACUCCCCCAGAACCUGCUCAGCAAGUUGGAGGUCUACACCUUCGGCAACGCUGCGAACCACUUCAACAACCCAUAUCGAACGGUGGGAUCCCAAGUCAAGGCGGAAAAAAGGCCUUUGGAGGCAUCACUAGAUGUUGUGGCACGCGACGGCGAAAGACCAGCAUCCGCCUCAGACAGCUUGGAAGCCGGUAAGGCGAACGGACACGCCGUGGGCUCUCACCAGUCCCCGCGCCACCGCAGCCGCCGGCCCCCGACCCCAGGAUCCUCUCCGCCGCCGCCCAUCAGGACAAGCACAAGUGGCCUAGCCCCGAACGGCAGCGCAGGCACAGGCGACCACCGCGUACGCAGCCUGGCCAAGCAGGAGACGUCCCACCACAGCCCCGCGACGCAGUCGGAGCGCGCGAUCGGCCACAUCGAGCACUACGCGCACACGACCGACUUCGUGGCGCUGUGGGGGGUGCUGCACUUCGCGACGUCGGCGACGGCGGACCGGUCGAUGCCGCGCUUCAUCGGGCGCCUGUUCUCGCGCACCGACGGCCGCGGGGGCCACCAGUUCAUCCAGCAUUACCUGGACGGCAUGUUCCCGCUCGCAAAGGACGCCGUCACUGGCCAGCUGGUCGGGUGCAAGGAGGUUGGCAAUGAGUUCAUGGAGAGCGAGAUUGUGAUUGGCAAGUCGGGCGACGCGGGCGCGAACGAGAGGGAGGCGUUUGCGAGUAGCUACCUCGGGUGCUCGGACGAUGAGUCGGACGGGGAGGAGGAGGGGAAGAGUAAGUCUGGCGCGGCCGAAGUCUUUAUGCAUAAUGGUGAGAGCCCCAUCGCUCUACGGCGGAGGUUGGGCCUGGCGACUGAGAAGGUGAAGGUCAAGGAGCUGAGUCGGUUGUGGAAGUACCGCAACGGGAGGAGCCCGGUUGAGAAACCUCCACUGCUUGGGGCUGGGCUGAAUGGGUUUGUGAGGAACGCGACGCUGUGA